AUGGAAGGCUCGGCGCCGGCGUCUUCAUCGGCUUCGGCUGAGGACGGUCCUGAGUCGUGGGAGGUUGCUGAUGUGGAGGCCAGCAUGCACCGCCUCAUGCUUUCUUCCAAGAAGGAUACUUUUACUAGCAGUAAUAAGCAGGACGAGAUGUCCGAGGUCUAUGGUUCGGGAUCCAAUCAGGGUUCGAGUUUUAAUUUGGGUUCGGGCAUGUCGGAAGAUUUGAUUAACACAGUGGAUCAGUUUCUGCGGGAAGCUAUACAGAAUCCUCGUGAGCGCUUAUCGGUGUUGCGAAUGGAGCAGGAUGUGGAGAAGUUCAUACGGGAUCCUACUAGGGAACAGAUGGAGUUCCAACAGCUGCCUACUUCUUACUUGCGCUUGGCUGCACAUCGUGUGGCACAACAUUACUCAUUGCAAUCCAUGGUUUUAUUGGAUAAUAACCUGCCUGACGGGUCGGGUUCCCGUAUAAUUGUUCGGAAGACGUCAAACAUCAGGAUUCCUUUGGUUCGUCUUGCCGACAUUCCCGUAAAUUUACCUACUGAAGAGAAUAAUGCUAUAAAGGUUGCAAUCAAGCAGAGGCCUCAUAAGGGAUUUCAUAGUAAUAGCAAUUUAAAUGCGAAUCCUGCAAAAUCAAACAGUUCCAAAAGUGUGGAGGAAAGGAAGGAGGAGUACAAUAAGGCUCGAGCAAGGAUUUUUAGCUCCACUAAUUCUAGUGGAAGUUCCAAUGGGAAAUCUGUGAGUGAUCCCAGGAUUCAGGAUAGUAUUCAGCAUGGUUCUGUACGAACGCCAAAGGCAGAAGAGAGAAUAUCUCCUAGUCCAGGCAGUGGAUCUAAUGUCACCAUAGGCAGAAGUUUGUCUGAUUCUUCUACAUCGAGCAGUAGGUUAAUUAGAAGUAGGAUAGAGAAGGAGCCUGUUGCAAGACCGAAAAUGAAUAAUAGAGUGGCUAUCUUUCGGGAUCGUGAAGUUGAUCGUAAAGAUCCUGACUAUGACAGAAGCUAUGACAGAUACAUGCAGAGGUUUGAUCCUGGCUUCGGGUUUAGUGGAUGCCCAUACCCUAUCCAGCCCAUGUAUGCUCCUGCUAUUAACUACAACACUGAAUUUCCACAGCUUGGAGCAAGUCAUAGGCUGCCUAUUUCCACUGAACAUCAAACUCGGCCUCUUCCCCAACAUCUGCCUGGCCCAUGGAUUGCUCCCUCGCCUCCUGCUGGUAUUGGGUAUGGUCCCACCGAAGGCAUGCUGUCUCCAUUUACUACUGGUCAUGUUGGUCCACACUCAAACUCUAGUCUCUACUUGCACUCUGCUCAGUAUCCUUGUCAAACAACUGGAUUACCGUAUAUACAGCGUCCUGAACCAAUUCACCAGCCUUUUCCACAGUCUCAUCAGCAGCAAGCCGAUUCAAGUUUUGGAGUAGCCCGGCCCCGAUGA